CCAUUGUUAUUAUUAUCAUUGAAAGCGUAUACACGGUUGUAAUAAUACCACCAGAACCAGAAAACAGUUGUAAUAUUUUACCAUAUAUGUUUUGAAUCCAUGAACAGAUUCAACAGAUAAUUUAUAUGGAAAAUUCGUGAAGUUCGUUUCAUAGAUUAAAAAUGUGCUAAAGGUUGGUAAAUGCUUUCGAAGGAUUAUAGACGCCCUUGUCAGGGAAUUUUCGUAUGAAAAAUAAUCUGGCAGUGAAAAUCAUGAUUACACUGCGAGGAAAAUUGAAAAAGGAAGGAGAGGUUUCUAAGACGAAAGAUUUUAACAAACGAGCAUCCGUCAGAGAUAAACUCCUCGUCAAAGAGGUUCAGGAAAUGGAGCAAACUCUUCCUGCCACAUGUCAAAUAACAUUUGAGGAUCCUCAUCGAUUGCACGACUUCAAUUUGCUCAUUGUUCCUGAAGAAGGUUUUUGGGCUAAUGGACGAUUUUACUUUCACAUAGAAAUAUCAGAGGAGUACAACAUGACGCCCCCAAAGGUUAAAUGCCUUACAAAGUUGUGGCAUCCGAAUAUAAACGAAGACGGAGACGUUUGUCUUUCCAUAUUGAGGCAAAAUAGUAUCGACGGGAUGGGCUGGGCCCCUACCCGUAAGCUGAAGGAUGUUGUUUGGGGUCUAAAUUCUUUAUUCACGGAUCUCCUGAAUUUCGACGAUCCACUCAAUAGAGAUGCUGCCGAACUAUUUAUUAAGGAUAAAGAGUCUUUCAGGAGCAAAGUUCAAGAGUAUUUGACGCAAUAUGCAAAGAGAUGAUUUUCCCCUAUUCCAGUAAGAUACAUAAACAAAGGACAAGGGAAUUCCAGAAAUCUUGGAACUGAUUGAAUUUGUAUAAUUUGAAAUUUCCCAUAUUUUUUUUUCGAAAAUCAAGACUUUCGGAAAUUCCGAUACCCCAUCGAUUUGUACGAUUUGAAAAACGCCGCGAUUUUUUCUGACAAAUACAAUGACGGUGACAAAAUGGACACGGUCGUCCAAAGGUUGUUCACCUUAGUAUUUUUUAAAGAAUAAUUUACUUUCUCAACUAGUCCGCUUAUGAUUCGACAAGUCUUUUUUUGUCCCAAUCACGUUCGUGCUCCUUGAAAUCAAAACAUCCGUGUCCCUCAAGUUUUGGUUAAUAGCAAAAAGAAAAAAUACAGAAAAUCUUGCGUUUUGUAUGUGUUUCCGGCCAGAAAAUUCAUUUGGAAACUUUAGAACCUUCGAAUUUAAUUGAUUUUCCAGUAUUUUAAGGAAUUCAUUGAUGAAUUGUCCACUCAAACAAUUCAUCGAAAACCUCUAAAAUCAUCUAUACUACUAAAAAUUGAUGUUGAAGACAUUUGAAAUUUUUUGAAUAUUUUAGAGAAGAACAUUUGUUCAGAGUGGAAAAAUUGUCAUUUUAUCGUUCAAAAUAGACGUCACAAAGCUUCAAUCGAGUGAAAUUUUUGGCUGUCAACGUCUGUACAAAUCCGCUUAAUACCGAGAAAAACGUUCAAAAAUAAGAAACAUGUACAAUAAGUUUAUUCUUGUCAUAGAAGAAUGCUGUAACGCUGGGAGUUGAAACAUUUGUAAAUAAACACAAUAUUUAAUAACGGAUUAAAAGAAAGAAGUCAUUUGCUAUCGCAGAAACACUUUUAUGAAAGUUUUUACUGCGACCUUCGUGUAAUAUAUGGAAAUAACAAUAAAUCCAUAAAUAAGUA